UUCUAAACCGGAUUUCAAAACCAAUCCAUUUUUUAGUCUGGAUAAAAAAAAAAUCCAAACCAUUAACACCCCCAUUGUUCCGCCUCCACCAUUGCCAUAAGCCCAUAACGCGCUCUCGCGGUGGUCAUUAGGCGGAGGAGGAAAUCAAAACUGAACGGUUCAUCGGAGACGACAAAAAUGGCGUGGAGGGUUUUUACAUCACCGCUUCUCAACAAAUUUCACUUGUACAAUAACAAUCUCACUCCCUUCUUCUUAUUUCACAAAACAAGGUACUUACACUGUUGUAGCUUGAAUUAUGUAAUGUGCAAGGUUUAUGGCCAUCAACAUGAUUUCAAACUUCCUUCUACACUAGGCUGCCAAACCUUUCAUUCAUCUCCAUUUUUAAAGUUCAAUCAUAAGGUUGUAGACGAACUUCAGGAUUCUCCAAAUUCCCCAACUGCUAAUGGUGCUAAUAGUGAUGUGAAAGUAAUGAGGAAAAAACUCAAGGGGAAAAGAGCUGUUGUAAGAUGGCUUAAGUUCUUUAGGUUUAAGAAGAAGAAAGAGUUUCUAAGGAUGACUACAGAGGAAAGAAUUUUAUACAAGCUAUUAAGGGCUCGAAAAAAAGAAGAGAAACUCCGCGAAGCUUUGAAGAAGAUUGAGCCUACAGAAUCAUCAGAAACAACCCAUGACCCUGAGAUAUUGACACCAGAAGAGCACUUUUUCUUCUUAAAAAUGGGUCUGAAAAGCAAAAAUUACGUGCCAGUUGGUAGAAGGGGAAUUUACCAAGGUGUAAUUUUGAACAUGCAUCUACAUUGGAAAAAACAUCAAACUUUGCAAGUGGUGGUGAAGACAUUUUCAGCAGAGGAGGUUAGGGAGAUUGCCACUGAGCUGGCAAGAUUAACUGGAGGCAUAGUGCUUGACAUUCAUGAAGAUGACACAAUAAUAAUGUACAGAGGGAAAAAUUACUCUCAACCGCCAACAGAGAUAAUGUCUCCGCGAGUCACUCUCUCAAGAAAGAAGGCAUUGGAUAAGUCAAAAUAUAGGGAUGGCCUCCGAGCUGUGAGGAGAUAUAUUCCCAAACUUGAGCAAGAGCUUGAAAUUCUUCGAGCACAACUUAAAAGCACAGGUGAAAGUAACAUAGAAGCAACAGAGGGAAUUCAAAUAAGUGACAAAGCGAGUGUUGAACCAAGCAGUGUUUCAAAUUCCCAAUCAGAGAAAUUCGAUAAAAUUGGUGCUAUGUUUAAUGAUAACAAUGGUUGCUCAGAGGAUGAAGAAGAUCUGGACUCUGAUUUGGAUUCAUAUUCUGAUAAAUUAUCAGACAUCUUUCAGACAGAUUCAGAUACAGAGAAUUUGGUAAAGGAGGAGAAGCCUCUUUAUUUGGAUGAAUUUAAUAAUUUUCCUGAGCAAAGUGAUGGAGACACCGAUGAUUUUGAGGAGCAUCUGCAACAAAUAUCAUUCAACUCCAAAAAUAUGGAAAAGGAUGCUGACUUGCCUAAGUUUGACGAAGUUGACCGGAUUUUCCUGCGUGCUGCAUCAUUUUUAAAGAAAAAGAAAAAAUGAGACCAUCAUCGUACUCGAUGUGGUUUCUUUUUUUUUUUUGCGGGAGGAUGUAUUAUAGGUGGAGAUUUUUGGAGGAGAGGUAGACAUAAUUCAUUUAUUUAUGAUAAACCAUUAAAACUGUCGACUGUUUUCCAUAAACUGUUAUAGAAUGAGAUUAAAUAUGAAAUU